GUGAGUCUCGCGAUGCGUUCUAGUUCGCAGCAGCAUCAUGUUGUUUGCCUUGCCGCCUCAUCAGCCUUGCAAAAAAUCCGGAUCUGCGGUGAUUGAAUUUCAGCAUGGCAGGGAUUCAACAAAAGACCGUUACAUUUCCCUUCGUCGACGUCCAUCCUCCCACCAACCACCGAUGCGCAGUUGAUAAGAAGGACUCGCUUAUGCAAUCGAAGCCUGGAAUCGAAGCUAUGGAAGCCGGCUGAAGGUGAUAAGGCGGGCACCAGUCACCAAGGCAGCCAAGGCAACCCAUCCCGUGUCUCGUUGCUUUUUCCAGCGGACGGUCGGGCGCAGUUACUUCAUCGCCUUAUUAGCCCUCGCCCUCGACCUUGGCUUCGACCUUGACCUCGCUUCCCUCUUAAUCGUCGUCCAAAUGGUCGCCCACGGUACAUAAAAAGACAAGACCCUUCUGGCCGUUAUGCGCACCCUCUGUCCGACAUUACUAUGCUUUUUUUACGCCUGUUCUUCUUGAAAUGGCGGUCAGUGCCCUAACGCAACGAGAAUCCACAACCCAAUAUGGGAUUGCGGUCGAGAAACAGUCGUUCGAUGGCCAGUAUAGUCCCUCCUCAGUCAUCGUCACGAUCAGCGUGGCUCUCGCCCUCUACAAUUCUCUCGAAAUGGUGCUAUUGAUCUUGACCACAUUCAAGAGGUGGAGAGGCUUAUACUUUUGGAGCCUCACUCUUUGCAACUUUGGCGUCUUUGCCUAUACCAUCGGCAUGAUGCUGGGUUACUUCCAACUCUGUAUCUUGUGGCUGAGCAAAACUUGGCUUGAUGUGGGAUGGAUGAGCAUGAUUAUCUGCCAGUCUCUUGUGCUGUACUCGCGACUUGGUUUGAUCAUUGACAAUAUCAAAAUCUUGAUGGGCGUCAAAUGGAUGAUCGUGAUCAGCAGUUUCGUCUUUCUCGUGCCGACUGUGGUCUUGGACUUUGCUUGCACCUACUCAAAAAAGCCAUCGUUCUCCGAGGCAUAUUUCUACAUGGAGCACAUUCAGAUGACGGGUAUUACCAUACAGGAGUUGGCCAUUUCCAGCUUAUACCUUUGGAAGACGUCCAAUUUGUUGAAGGUGAUCUCCAAAGCAAACUCACGCAGUAUGGUGUGGCAGCUUUUCACUAUCAACGUGGUUAUUAUCGGCAUGGAUAUUGCCCUCAUCGUCCUGGAGUAUAAGCACCUGCAGCUUUAUCAAGAAAGCAUCAAGGCCUUCGUCUACAGUGUCAAGCUAAAGCUUGAACUGAACAUCCUGUCCAAAUUGGUAGACCUUGUCAAUAGAGAUUCGAUCAGCAGGUCCAUGACCUUGGAUGUGAUCAAUCCAACGACAUUGUCAGGUCAGGCACAGUCAGAGAUACGAGGAGAAAUGGCAGAGUUGGGACAUUUCAUGAGCUCGACAUCAACCGAUGAGAAGGGUCGCCCAACACAUCGCCUCAGCAGCUGUACGAAUGGUCGUGACUUCGGCGAUCCAUUUACUCAAAAACCCACUGACGGCGAACAAAUCACGACUGGUUCGUCACACGAUUCGAAUUCGACCCAACCAACUAAUAGAAAGAGAUCUGAUGACUUGUACGCGGAGGCUCUUCGUACCUUGACGUGAAUUUUUCAACUUUAUCCGUAAAUUCACAUCUACGCGAACGUCAAUACUAUUUUUUGGGUUUCCCAGACAUGGUGAUAUGGAUUUCUUUCCUUUCGUGAUCUAAGACAUCUGGUGAUACUCGGGAUGACCUUGUAUUUCUCGUAGCUACUGGGAUCAAAU